GGUUUCCGUUUACACUUACCAGUACAUUCUCAACCAAAUAUUUUGAAGAAAGAAGAUCGCAAGCAAAAGAGAGGAAAAUGGAGCAGAUUUUAUAUGACCAAGUCGUUGCUCCUGUUGUGAAAUUUAUGGCAAGUCAUAUCACGAAACACCUAGGAUAUGUGUUUUGCUCUACAAAAUAUGUUACGGGCAUGAAAGAUAAAUUGAAAGAUUUGGUGGAUACAAGCACUGAAGUUAUAGAGCACAAGAACAGAAACGAAACAAAUGAGAAAGAGAUACCUGCUCGUGUAGAGGCUUGGUUGGGAGACGUUGAGAAGGUCAAGGAUCAAGUCCAAAGCAUCCCAAAUGAUGACAUUGGAUGUUUGCACAUGAAAAAUAGGUAUCGAGUGGGAAGAAACGCUUCUAAGGCUACUAUGAGGAUCCAAGAACUGAUUUCAAAAUAUUCUGAGUUUACUUGGACCGAUGCCCCAUUGCCUACUGGAAGAGCCACAUCCUCCACCACUUCUACACCGUUAUCAUCGUCACCGGGUGGAGAUGACUUCAAGUCCAGAGACGUGCCGUUCAACGAUGCAUUGAAGCUCCUUCAACAAAACGACAACAAGAGUCAAGUGAUAGCCUUGUGUGGAAUGGGUGGUGUAGGAAAAACCACCAUGAUGGAACAACUUAAAAAAGUUGCAGAAGACAAGAAGAUGUUUGAUUUCUUUGUGAAAGUUACCCUUGGGAGAAAUCCUAACAUGCUUUCAAUUCAGAAUGAAAUAGCCGUAUGCAUAGGAGGCGAAGGUUUACGUGAAGAAACUGUAACAGCAAGGGCAGAUAGUCUCCGUAGAAAAUUUGAAAAAAAGUUAGAAGAGGAUAAAGCAAAGAUUCUAGUUAUAUUAGAUGAUGUGUGGGGGAAGGUUGAAAUCAAGGAUAUUGGACUAACAAGUCCUUUGCCAAAAGGCGUCAAGUUGUUGUUGACAUCACGAGAUUCAAAUAUUUGCACACAAAUUGCGGCUGAUGCUUUUACCCUUCUUCAAGUAGUCAGAGUCAAUGUGUUGUCAGACGCGGAAGCACAAAAUUUCCUUUCUAAAUAUACUGGAGUUUGUAUAGAACAUGAUCAAGAUCGGUUUCAAAUAGGAUGUGAUAUUGUCAAAAAAUGUGGUAAUUUGCCACUUGCCAUCAAGCUCAUUGGCACAACCCUUAAAUCUCAAGAAAAUUAUGUGUGGAGGGAUACACUUAACCGUCUAAAGAAUCAUGAUCUUGAUGAUAACGUGCAAGAAAUUAUCAGAAUAAGCUACGAGUAUGUAAAAAAAGAUGAGGAUAAAGAGAUUUUUCUACAUUGUGGCUUGUUCCCCGAGGACUCUGAUAUUCAAAUAGAGGAUCUGGUUAGACAUGGAUGGGGCCUAAAGUUGUUUAAAAAUGUUUCCACUUUGAGAGAGGCUCGAGACAGGACAAAUACAUGUGUGCGCAAUCUCGUAAACGCUAAUUUGUUGAUGGACAGUGAACGGCUUGGAUGUGUUAAAAUGCACGAUCUUGUGCUUGCUUUUGUCUUAGAAAGAGUUUCCAAAGGUGAUUUGAACUGGAUUGUAAACCAUGGCGAUGUAUCCACGUGGAGUAGAGACGAAAUGAAUAAAUCUUGCAAAAGAAUUUCAUUAACAUGCAUGGGUAUGUCGGAGUUUCCGCGAGACUUCAAGUACCCAGACCUCUCUUUUAUACAACUUAUGGACGGGGAUCAGUCGCUCAAGUUUCCGGAAGAUUUUUAUGCAAGUAUGGAAAAUCUCAAAGUCAUUGCAUUUUAUAAAAUGCAAUAUCCACCGCUUCCGACAUCUCUUCAAUUUUCGAUCAACCUUAAAUCCCUUUGUCUCCAUAGAUGCGAAUUGACGUCUGAUUGGUCUUACAUUGGAGAUUGGAAUCUAAGAAAGCUAAAGUUACUAGAUCUGACAGAAUGUGCCGACCUUCAUAUUGAUGAUGGCGUCUUUAUAAAUUUAGUCAAACUUGAAGAGCUUUAUAUGAGAGGUGAUUAUAAGAAAGGAAUCUGCUUCACGGAUGCUAAUUUGGAAGAGUUAAAGAUGCUUUCAUGCCAACUUUGUGCAUUAGAGGUCAAUUUCUAUGAUAUGUGGAAACAAUAA